AUGGAUUCACUAAACCACCUCAUCCUCACAGAGGCACCUCCUCUAGAUCCCGCUUGGCUGGCAUUUGAGGAAGAAGCAAAAGCCAAAGGCCCAAAGAAGACGUACGCUUCGCCCCUCGACCGCCAACCCGUCUACGCAGAAGAGUGCAGACAGUUAAACGCCCACAUGCUGGCCCCCGGCAACCCUUACCAUUCCCUCUCGAGCGUCACGGUGCAGCCACUCACCGCCCCUUCGAGUCUUGACCAGCAUGCCAUCCCGGUCCUCCGCUUCUCCGACAAGAACGCCAACGGCGACGGGAUUGUUGUGGUGUACUACCACGGCGGCGGGCUCUACGUCGGCGAGGCGGACAGCGAAGAGCUAUCAUGCAGACGCAUCGCCAAGGAAUUCGAGGGUGCGACGGUGUAUUCUGUAGGAUACAGACUCAUGCCGGCAUUCCCCGCCUCAACCUGCGUCGCCGACUCAAUCGACGCCUUCCACCACAUCCGCUCUCUCCACUCCUCCACGAUCAAACUCAUCAUCAUCGGCUCCUCAAGCGGCGGCCAGCUCGCCGCCGCCGUCUCGCAGGCCGUCCCACGCGGAACGUUCCACGGCGUCCUCCUACGCUGCCCAGUCACGAGCGACGGCGGGAGCUCCCUGGACUUUGUACCCCCUCACCUCCGGUACGCCUACACCUCUCCCUCUUUGCCGUCCUUCGUCACGAGUCUUCUCGGCGUGUUUAGCCGCGCCGUGCCGCGGGACGGGCUGGAGAGGAUGCCGCUCGAGGCGUCGGUGGAGACGCUGGGCGCGCUACCGAGGACGUGGGUGCAGGUUUGUAGUAAUGAUACGUUGUACUCUGACGGGGUUUGCUAUGCGAUGGCGCUGGCGGGGGCGGGCGUCGAGGUGAGGGUUGAGGUUGUGAGGGGGUGGCCGCAUACUUUUUGGUUGAAGGCGCCUUGGUUGGCGAGGGCUGUUGAGGCGGAGGGGGAGAUGGUUGCUGGGUUGAGGUGGGUUCUUGGGGUUUGA